AUGUUCCUUUUCUUUCAGGUCAAAACCCUCCGCUCCGAACAGGAAGGUAACCGUGCGCGCAUUCGUGAGUUAGAGCAGAGAAAUGAUGACCUCGAACGGCAUGAAAGAAAUAACCAGCAAGAAGUCGCCGAUUUAGAGCGAAAGGUAAAUGAAAUGACCGAAAGGCUUACUCUUUUGGAAAACGAACUGGCCGAGAAACAAACAACUGCAGAGGAAAUGUAUCGGUUACGGGAGGAAAUGCGUGCUGCCGACCGCCCCCUUCUCAUGGUUGGACCCCUUAGAGCAGAACGUGUAGAUGACACUCCAGAGGAACCGACACCUAUAGAACAACAGAAACCUGGUUUGGAGGAAGUGACUCCAACUAUUGUAUCUUCUGCUGUGAUCACCGAGAAAAGUAACGGAGUUUCUGUUGUUAAAAUCUCGCCCAAGGAUUCCAAUGGCAACACAGGCUCUGAGGUGCGUUUUUGCUUUUUAAGUGGCUGA